AUGGCCUCACUCCUGCUGCUGCUGCUGUUGCUGUUGCUGCGGCGCUGUCUUCUCCUGGCCCUGUGUGGCACGUGGGUCCCGGUCGGAGGAAAUGUCACGGAUUCGCAGGAGGUGACGCACCGUAUCGGCGGCGGGCCCAUCGACUGUGGGGAGUACAGCAAUCAGGUGACGCCGAGCGGGCUGUGCCGCCUGGUGGCCACUCUCCCGCAGGUGGAGGAGCAUCGCUGCCCGGACAUGUUCCGCUGCACGGACGAGGUGUCCUUCUGGCUGCACGAGAACGAGGAGCGUAAGCAACAGAUCCUGGCCUUGAAAGAGACCAUUUCGGAGCUACAGGAGGAGCUGCGCAGUCAUCGGCACCGCGUCAAAGUUCUGGAGCUACAGAAUGAAGAGAAGAACGGGCUGAACUCAUCGCUGGAGCACAGGCUGCGAGAGCUGGAACGACGCUGCUCCGAGGCGGGCACCCUGCUGCACCUGCAGGCCUCGCUUAUCUACGACAUGCAGGCACAGAUCCGCAACCUCUCCAUGCUGGUGGAGAAGGCUCGGCGCAGCCCAGGCUGCAUGGUCAACGUGGUCCGUGCCAGCCCGCUCCUCAGUGCCCAGGAGGCCCUUCACCCAGAGGUCCAACAUGUGAGGAACUGCCCAGUGGACUGUGCGUCCAUUUAUUACAACGGCGUCCGUCGCUCUGGAGUCUAUACCGUGGUGCCUUCCAUGGGAGCCAUGCCGGUGGAGGUGUUCUGUGAUAUGGACACUGAAGGUGGUGGUUGGACUGUGAUCCAGCGGCGCCAAGAUGGUUCGGUCAGCUUUGACCGCACCUGGAAAGAAUACAAAGAGGGGUUUGGGGACUUGCACACAGAAUUCUGGCUGGGCAACGAACAUAUCCAUGAGCUGUCGGUCCAGGGAGACUAUUCGCUGCGUAUCAACCUGGAGGACUGGAGCGGCAAACGCAAACACACCCUGUACGAGAACUUCAGUAUCGACGCUGAAACGAACCGCUACCGCCUGCAUGUGACCGGCUUCAGCGGCACUGUGGAGGACUCCUUCAGCUGGUACCACGACAAGCAGAGCUUCAGCACCCCAGACACGGGCAACAUCUGUGCUGAGAUCUCACAUGGAGGCUGGUGGUACCACCAGUGCUUCUUUGCCAACCUCAACGGCGUCUAUCACAAGGGUGGCCGCUACUCUCCACGGGGCAAGAGGCCUCUGGGGCCUGAUGGCAUUGUGUGGUACGCUUGGAAGGACUCAGACUACUACUCACUGAGGAAGGUGAGCAUGAUGAUCCGGCCUCGAACCUUCCGGCCUCGUCUGUCUCCGUGAUGCUCAGCGCCCAGCUGCUGUCUGACGGAAAAAGGGGCCCCGUGCUGCACUUUAGUGUUUGGAGGGUCCAAACUGCCACUCGUUUUGUACCUGGAGGAGGGCGCAUGAAGCGCUUCUUUUAUCCUGAAACAAAAGCCAAU